CAAGGGCUUUGGCCCGGCUCUGGUGGCGGCAGUGGGGCUUCUGGGGGGUCCCUGGGAAGGGGCGCAAGUUAGCAGAUGUGCGUGAAGAAGUGUCUGGUCGGCCUCACGUUUUGUACCUGCUACCUGGCUUCUUACCUCACAAACAAGUAUGUCCUGUCUGUCUUGAAAUUUACCUACCCUACGUUAUUCCAAGGGUGGCAGACACUGGUUGCUGGGCUUCUGCUUCACGUGUCAUGGAAGCUGGGCUGGGUGGAGAUCAACAGCCGUUCAAGAUCUGAUGUUUUGACGUGGCUUCCUGCUUCAGUGCUAUUUGUGGGUAUCAUCUAUGCUGGUUCCAGAGCGCUGUCCAGACUGGCCAUUCCUGUGUUUCUCACUUUGCAUAAUGCAGCCGAAGUUAUCAUCUGUGGGCACCAGAAGUGUUUUCGGAAAGAGAAAACUUCUCCUGCAAAGAUUUGUAGUGCCCUCUUCCUCCUGGCCGCCGCCGGGUGCCUGCCCUUCAAUGACUCCCAGUUUGAUCCAGAUGGAUAUUUCUGGGCUAUGAUUCACUUACUCUGUAUAGGGGCUUAUAAGAUACUACAGAAAUCCCAGAAGCCCAACAAGUUAAGUGACAUUGACCAGCAGUACUUAAACUAUCUAUUCAGCGUGGUGCUCCUGACUUUAGCAGCUCACCCCACAGGUGACCUCCUCAGCGUCCUGGACUUUCCGUUCCUGUAUUUCUACGGAUUCCACGGCAGCUGUUGUGCCAGCGGAUUUUUAGGAUUCUUUCUCAUGUUUAGCACCAUGAAACUAAAAAGCCUUAUGGCCCCGGGGCAGUGCGCAGCCUGGAUUUUCUUUGCUAAGGUGAUCACGUCUGGCUUAUCGAUGUUGCUGUUUGAUAUAAUCCUGACCAGGGAAACCAUGGGAUGGAGUCACCAAGCAAGAAUACUGGAGUGAAUAGCCAUUUCCUCCUCCAGGGGAUCUUCGCAACCCAGGGGUCGAACCCAGGUCUCUUGCAUUGUAGGCGGAUUCUUUACCAUCUGAGGCAACCUCUAAUGUUUCUCUUCCCACCAGUCUGAUCAUUUAUAAGGAGUAUCUGGAUGAUUCAGCAGCAAUACAGAAGGAGCGUUACCCAAGACACAUCGGCCCUAUUUCUUAUUCAGAGACUGACACAGUGAACUAGGAAUGUCCAGUGCAACAUUUUUAGGAAAUGAAUCUCACUGCCUUAGAUUUUUAAUACUAUAAGUUAUAUUUCUGUGAAUUAACAAAAAAUAUGUAUUGAGUGACUGGUGUAUGCAGAGCAUAUGGAAGUCAUUAAGGAACAUAAGACAUCAUCCAGCCCUUGAGGAGUUUUCAGGAGAAGAAGUCAUAAAGAUAAUUUCUGAGGUAGGAUAGUAACUGGGUUUUUUUUUGAAAUAUAUAUAUAUAUACAUAUAUAUAUAUAUGUUUUUGGCCGUGCCACUAGCACACAGCAUGUGUGAUCUUUCCCAACCAGGGGUCAGACCUGUGCUCCCUACAUUGGGAGUGUGGAGUUUUUGUUGUUGGUGGUGGUUUUGUUUUUUGUUUUUAAGCCAUUGGACCACCAGGGAAGUCUUGGAUAGUAUUUGUAAACACAGUGGGUGUGAAGAACAGAGGAGAGAGAGAGGCUCGGGUGAUAGGGAGGGGCUUGAAACUGGACCUGAUGCAGAAGGGAGAGGCUUAGCCAGGCUGUGGGUGGAGGAGGAUUUGGUCCCUCUGGCCCUGGGAAGACAGGGAAGAACGGAGGGGCAGGAGGUGCCCCUUGGUGAGACUUAGCCAUUUGGAACUAGAGCUGGGGCGGGGGCGGGAGCUGACCCUCCAGUCCCUCCUCCUUCCCCUCACCUGUCCUCCUGGGAAGGUGGGACACAGAUGGUGGACAGGUUGAUGUCCAGAAACCCAACCGCCAAGGUAUCCUGGUGCACCCUUGAGACUGUUCCCGCAGUUUCUAUAUCUUAACCUUCAUCUAAUAUCAUGGCAUCUGGUAGCGUCACUUUAUGGCAAAUAGAUGGGGAAAAAAUAGAGUGACAGACUUUAUCUUCUUGGGCUCCAAAAUCACUGUGCCUGGUGACAGCAGCCAUGAAAUUAAAAGACACUUGCUCCUUGGAAGAAAAGCUAUGACCAACCUAGAUAGCAUGUUAAAAAGAAGAGACAUUACUUUGCCAACAAAGGUCCAUAUCGUCAAAGCUAUGGUUUUUCCAGUGGUCAUGUAUGGGUGUGAGAGUUGGACCGUAAAGAAGGCUGAGUGCCAAAGAAUUGAUGCUUUCGAACUGUGGUGCUGGUGAAGACUCUUGAGAGUCCCUAGGACAGCAAGGACAUCAAACCAGUCAAUCCUAAAGGAAAUCAACCUUGAAUAUUCCUUGGAAGGACCGAUGAUGCUGAAACUGAAGCUGUAAUACUUUGGCCACCUGAUGCAAAGAACUGACUCAUUGGAAAAGACCCUAAGACUGAGGGCAGGAGGAGAAGAGGACAACAGAGGAAUGAGAUGGUUGGAUGGCAUCACCGAUUCAGUGGAUAUGAGUUUGAGCAAACCCUGGGAGAUAGGGAAGGACAGGGAAGCUUGGUGUGCAGCAGUCCGUGGGGCCACAAAGAGUCGAACACAGCUGAGUGACUGAACAACAACAGCAACCUUUAUAGUGACUAUCUCAAUUCUUGAUGGCACUUUUUUCCAAAUAAUUCUCAUUGACUAUAUUUUGUACAUAAUUUCAGAAUGAACCAAAAAAAAAACAAUGAAAACCCAGGUGUUGAACUGAGUGUAAGAAAUAAGCAUGAAAUGCUCUGCAGGGGGGAGGACGUGCUUAGUCUGAAGGUUCCCACAGCCGUCUGUGGGAGCCAUGCCUACAGGCUGUCCCACAUCCUGUGGACUUCAUGGUAUGCCCUGAACACGAUGGAAAGAAGGGCUGUGUGUACCCAAGUCAAGGAAACAGCAUGUGCGAUCAUUGCAAAAGGAACCUUGACUUUGGAAUUUCCUGAUUCUUGAGAACUCUUGAGUUUAAGGAUGGUGUGUUUUCAGCCUCAAAGAAUUUUCCGACCACAAAGUGAACCACCAGAAGAGGAGUGUCAGACUGUGUUUCAGAUUUCCUGUCUUUUGCACAGAGCUGGUCUGCAUUGUCCGUAGACUGGGUGUGUUCAGGCUAUGACUGGGUGACUGGCUAAUCGGAUCCUGGGCAGGAAUCCAUGGCCCAUCUCUGCCCUGUGGGAGCCUAGACUGAUCAGAAGUCACAAAAGGCUGUUUGGUUUGGACCAACUGUGUUUGUCUGCAUAGUUAUCAUUUCUUUUUUUUUUUCCUUUGAUUUUCAGAUUUCAAAUUAUUCAACAUUUAGAAAUCAGGUGGUUUCCCUAUAAAAGUCCAAAUCUCCAGAUUCUUUCAAAAAUAUGGAGCAGUUGUUAAGUUGGGCCUGCACGUCCAAACGGCAGCAGUUGCUGGAGUGGGUGGAGGUGGGUAGAAGCUGCACAGCCACCCCCCUGCAGCCCGGCUGAGGCUGAGGACCCUGUAACCACUGACACCCUCACCUCCAUUGCUUGUAUGUCCAUUCAUUCUAUCAGAAGUGCUUACUGGGUUCUGUAGACACAGUUCAAGACCCCAGCGAGGUCACCAUCUAGGAAACCAGGGUACACGUCAUUGUCCAUCUCCUUGGAUGGGCAGCAGCUUAGACGCACAAAAUAGCUCAUUGUCUAAAGAAGGUUUUUCCCCCUCAGUGCUGUAGACUUUGCUGUGAGGGGCUGUCCUGUACCACAUAGAAUUUUCAGCAGCAAGCCUAAGUCCCACCUCACCAGGGGCCAGUAACACUCCCUUAAUUCCAACAACCAAAAAACAUGUCCAGGCUUUGCCAAAGCUCCUCUCGUUGGCAGAAUCACCACAGUUGGGAAUCACGGAUCUAAAGGUUUGUGGUGGUGCGUGGAGGAAACACCAUUUGAAAUUUCAGCAAGAUCUUAAAGAACUUAUCUCCGCACUAGAGAUUUGGAUCAGCUCCAGGCUCAGGUCCUUGGCAGCCCUGCCACCCUCACUGUGUACCUCCAUCAGCAGGUACCACAGGAGGUGACAGGUGUCCACUUCCUGCCUACCUGCUGGCUGAAGAUCCUCCAGGAAGGGGUUGUUUCAUUCACCUUUCUGUCUCUCUGUCUGGCACUGUUAGCUCAGUCAAUGGGUCCUGUACUCAAGAAAAAUGAUAAACCCACACCCCCAAUGUCGGUCAACUUUUAAAGCCUUUAAUAAAAAGCAACUGCUCUUGUCCAGCUAUCAUAUCUUCUUUUUAACAAUAAAAGCCCAGCAUUUUAAUAUCUAUUGCAAGUUCAGCAAUCUAAAUAUCCAGAUUCAUACUUAGUUAUUUGUUUUUAAAUUAACAACUUUCUAUAUGAAUUCCCAGUAUUCCAAAAUUUUGGCAAAGGGCAAAAUUUUGGCAAAAAAUUUUGGCAAAACUCAACACAUUCAAAAAAAAAAUAAUUCUGAAGUGUGAGCGGUGUUUCUGUCGAGUAGAAUUAUUAAUAGUUGUCGGUGCUUCCUCUUUGAAUGCUCUUUAGAUGAGGAGAGUCGCUUUUCCCUGUGAAAUCGUUUAAGUACAAGGAGAGAAAGGAAUCACCAAAACACAGCCUCUUUGUUUGUAGGAUUUGGUGAUCAACUUUUCAUUUUUACCCAUCAUUCACUGGGCUUGCCAUUGACCCUGGGUUACAAACAUGGUGGUCACUUCAACUUGAUCCCAGUCUCAACCUCACCUUUAGAGAAUGGUCUUAUAUCAUCUCUGAGUAAAGAUGUCUUUGCCUUUAGUUUUAGGGGAGUGCUUAGAGACUGCUGAAGUCUAUUUGUAGAGAGAGUGAAUUUCGGAGUAAAGAAAGAACUUCCUCCAACAUACCCCAAAGUGCAGCUAGGAUCACAGUGUCUGCAGUUUUUCAGCUGAAUUAAGAAUCUGAAACCUCUUCUUUAAAAUGCUGAGAAAGGCCUUCUGAAUAACUACACUCAUUACCUUUCCACACAGAGUAAUUAAUCAGAUUGUAAAUCGUCACUCAGCAAGCCCCCAAGGGAGUGGUGCAUUCAUUUUGGUGAGGAAAGAGAGAAAAAAAUAGUUUGGAAUCCAGAUGGGAAAGUGGGGAGCAGGUAUAAGAAUUCCAUCACUCAUUGAGCAAAUAUUUAUUGGGUGUUGUGUUAAGUGCUAGGCCUACAGCUGAAAAAAGGAUACAGUCUCUGUCCUCAGUCUGGAAAGUUCCAUAGGAAUUCAUUGAAUCACCACAAUAAUAAAUGUAAGUUCGAGAUGGGGCCUUUGGCUCCUGAUAAGAGAGAAGAGAAAGAGUGGAGAGACGUUGAAAAUAAAUAACCCCCUGGAAGAGAAUUGAGUGAUGACUAUUUCUGGCUGGCUCUGCAAUCUGAAUGUUUAUGCCUUCGUUACAUGAAGUUUGUUCAUUUCAGGAAUGAUGGGGAUUACAAGAUUUGCAAACAGUUCAGUAAAGCUCUGACUUAAACAGCUGUAAUGCUAUUAAGAUUCCUGCACCCCGUGUCAGCGUCUCCCGCUGUUUAGAAAACAGCAUCAAAGCUCACCUCCCUGGCGCUCUUAACGGUAAACGGAACCAGGUUUGUUUUCAUGUCAGCAUUCUCUAAAGCCACUCGGUGUUUCAUUAAAUCGCUAAACCAAGGGGAUGCAAUGCAAGGUUAUUACGCUGCAGCAUUGUUCUAAGGCUGGGGGAGGGAGGGUGGUAAAGAGCCAGCCGAAACCCUGUUCUCCCUGGUGAUUAAGGAAGAUUAGUGGAAAUGACUGACCCCCUGUUACAUUUGCAGAAAUAAAACUUCCCAAGUCAAAGUUCUGUACUGAUCUCGCAUCAGGUCACGGUGACUCUGUGCUCAUCCAGGGAUUUAAGAAAACGGUGUGUGUGUUCUUGAAGGAAUGCAGAAGGAAACAGCAGAUCGGCUUAGAAGGCAACAGUGGGUCUUUAGAAAUGAGCCUGUGUACAGAACGGGCUUCCCAGGUGGCUCAGUAGUAAAGAAUCUGCCUGCCAAUGCAGGAGAUGCAAGAGGCGCAAGUUCGAUCUCUGGAUUAGGAAGAUCUUCCCUGGCGGAGGAAAUGGCAAUUUUGCCAUUUCAUUUCAUUUUCAGUAUUCUUGCCUGGAAAAUUCCAUGGACAGAGGAGCCUGGUGGGCUACAGUCCACGGGGUGGCAAAGAGUUCAGACACGACAGCACACACUCAUUGUGUACAGAACAAAUGGCUUCCCCUUCCUGGGUCCUUCUUCAUCCAAAAAGAAGAGGUGAUAGAACCCACCAGCAUCUAGGUCUGUCCCUGAACUAGACCAGGGACAAGCCCAGUGGAGUCGUGUUAAAAAAUACAGUCUUUUGGAAUUUGGUCCCCAGUUUCUCCCAGAAGCAAUGCUAUAAAUGACGAGUAUUUAUCUAGAAAAGUCCUCUGAAAUUUGUUUUGUUUGUAACAAACUUCAGCUACAUUAUUCUGAAUUCAGUGUGUGUUAGAGAGAAUUCCUUGACUUAUUGUCACUAUUUGUAAUACUUCUGAUUGGGGAACUAAGAUCCCACAUGCCAUGUGGUACAGCCAAAAGGAAAACCCAAAAAAACCAAGAAACACCUGAGCACAGUUUGAACUCAGCUUAUUGUUUUCCUGUUCCCACUUAGUUCACUCCUUUAUUGGAAGUGGUUCAUGGUAGAUGUUAUCUUUAGGUCAUAGUCACCCCGAUAGGUGACUUUUUUCACUGAGAACAGAAUAUACACGGCCUAAGUGUAUCUCAUACAUUUGAUGCCUUAGACAUAUGUUAGGACCAUGGAGGCGCCACUACCCAAGUAUGAGUGUGUUGUGCGUGGGUAUGUAUAAUGAGUGGGUAUAUAGGAAGAGUGGGAUGCUGGGGGGUAAAUGGAGAAAAAAGGAAGAAGAAGGUGGCAUCGAAAGGGCUGUUGGCACCUCUGAACAAGAGCACUUCAUCCUCAGAAACCCCCUUCACAAGCCUUUACUCUAGGCCCAGCCUGGGCCUCAGAGGUGCUUUGGGGAAAGAAUGAUGGGGGCUUCAGACAGACACUAGAGUGUCUACUGAGAAGUUUAAAAUAGAAAAUGUGCAAACCUUUGAAUGUGUUACAUUUUAGGCAUGUGAAAUCCACCUCUUUCUCACAGUCUUACGUUCUGCUAUUUUUCAUUUUCAUUUUCACUGACCGUAGAUCUUUCUGCUGUGGUGGGAAAUUCAUGCGUCCCAAUUUGUAUUUUGUCUUUAAAUGUUCUGUUAGUCUAAAUGAAAUAAAAGGGUUCAGAGACUGUCAAUAAUCAUAGGAUUAUGGAUACAUGCAUGGUUUCCUAUCCAUCACUGUAGCAAAAUGCACCAGUGGGAAGCCCUCCUCCUAUGUUUGUGACAGAGAGCAGUAAGGAAGUGCAGUCACCAUCACCUGGUCAGGAUGGUUGGGACACGUCACCUUUCUCCCUGAGGGACAGCUGAGGUUUACCCUGGACGACUGGGCAGUCCGGGACCUGACUUGAAGUCAGGCAGUGUGGGCAGGGGACAGGAUGCUCAGCUGCAUGAUGAGGAAGCAUCACUUGCCCUGCGGUAGGUGGACACCAGGCAACUUCACACGUCCACAGCCUCUAGGUUCCCA